GUCCCUGACGUUUGUUGUUGGCCCCGCCCCUCCAAUGAACUGUGAUUGGACGAGAGCCGGGAAAGGGCGUGCGGAUUGUCCAACUGUUAACGCGGGGCGGUCAGGUGGUACCAGGAGGCGCGCCGCGAUUGGCUGAGAGCUGGGCCCAUUCGCUGUUGCCGGGAGCUGACGUGUCUCUCGGGCGUCGAGCGGACUUUCGUCCGAGUGAGAGAGUCCCGUCACCCGGCCCAGGCCCAGCGUCCCGCAGCACCGAUAGAGAAAGAGCCGCUAACAUGGGCAUAAAAUUCCUUGAAGUUAUCAAACCGUUCUGUGCAGUCUUGCCAGAAAUCCAAAAGCCAGAAAGAAAGAUUCAAUUUAGAGAGAAAGUACUAUGGACAGCAAUUACACUCUUCAUCUUCUUAGUCUGUUGCCAGAUUCCUUUAUUUGGUAUCAUGUCCUCAGACUCCGCAGAUCCUUUCUACUGGAUGAGAGUUAUUUUGGCUUCAAAUAGAGGUAAUGGAAGUUUAUUUUAGGAAUUAUCGUAACAUUGACCAUUAGGGUAGAGGAGUGGCACUUGCGAAUUACCUCCACUUUGUCUCUACUGGUAGAUGAGGUAUUGUGUCCGUGAAUGUUCGUUCCUUACAGUUGAGUCAAAAUGUGGCACUGGAAAAGCAGCAGGUCAGGCAGCAUCAGAAGAGCAGAAGAUGCAACAUUUUGGGCAUAAGCCCUUCAUUAGGGCCACAUCAUUAAAUUGGAACUCAAUGAUAUUCUCCCUUCUCUCUGUAAAGGGGAAAGGAAGGAGAUUAGCUAAUGUGACAGCACCAGUCUCUGUAGCUCUAGUAUUGUUCACUGAGGACUAUCAGUCCUCUAGGUUUCUCUCACCUGCACAUAAAUAUCUGGUACCCAAGUUUGUAUUUCCUUUGAGUGGCAGGUUUGAAAUCCAGUACUAAUACUGUGCGUAUGGGAUACUUCCUUAAUCAUGUUCUGGUGCCAUAAAUUGAAUUAUUCCUGAGUUGUUCUUGAGCGGACAGUUGCUUGAGGUUCCAGCGCAUUCCGAACAUCUCGUUAAAUCACUGAAACAGGAGGAUUGUCUUCUGAAUAAUGUUGCUUAAAUGUGUAUGCUUGAUGGAGGUUGGAUUCAUAAUUAUAGUGCAUACGCAACAGAGAAACGUACCAAUUGUCUUGACUAUCCUGUGCCUUUGCUUAUGCUCCAUUUCAGCCUACUCCUAACUUGUAUCCAAAUUUCAUUUUUUUUUCCUCUUAACUGCAUCUGUACUAUUCACAUCAUCUACCUGCUGUGGUAGUAAAUGCCAUGUUCUUCCCAAUGUAAAGAAGAUUCUCUGAAUUCCCUAUUGGAUCUCUUACUGGUGAUCUUGUAUCAGCCUCUAGUCGUGCUAUUUCCUACAGAGAACGUUCUGUCUGUAUUAAAAAUUUUAAAUAAAGACCUGUCUAUUAGGUCAAUAGAGAUGGUCAAGAAAGAUUUUUCCUUUUGAAAUCCAUGCUUUUCCUUUCUAAAUUAUCCUUUCUCUGGUUUAGAGGGUUUCCAUUAAUUUUCCCACCUCUAAUUCCCUGGGUAUGGUCUGUCCUCCAAUAUGAGAACUACAGGAACUGUCUACCAGUUAUCUGGCACUAAUGCUUUUUCCAACAAAUUAUUGCAUCUGUCCUAAUUCCUCUGCUAUCUCUUCACGAGAUUCAUUUUAAGAUGCGCGUGUUGUCUCUCUGAGUCAUGAAUUUUAUCCAGAGUUACAAAUAAGGUUAUCCAUUUAGGACAGAUGAGAAUUAUUUUUGUCGGCUGGUUGACACCCUGAAAAGUGGAAACAGCAUUUUUGGACAUUCCUUUUAAAGCCGAGGUGGAUCCUUGAUAAGCAAGGGGGUUAUUGGGGCUAAGGGGAAGUAUGGAGAAAUCAGGCCAGCCAUGAUCCCAUUGAUUAUUGAGGCAAGUUUGAGGGAAUGAAUGGCCUACUCCGUUCGAUUGUUUGCGCGUUCAUUAACACUCCUUUUCUAUUUUAAAUGUCCUUCUACUGGUGACCAUCUCAUCGUUCAGUGUUUACCAAUUAUAUUUUCGUCCAAUACUAAGGCAAACAGUUGUUACCAUCUCUGCAACUACUCAUUAUCUGUGGUUUUAUCCAUUCCAAGCCUUAAACGUCCUAGUCUAGUUACAAUCUUUAUUUCUUACUUGUAAAAUAUUUCCCUUUUAUGACCCUUGAUAAAGUUUAUUGCAUAGUGCCCCUUUGACUUUUCUGAUUUAACUCGUUCGCUCAUUUCUCAUCAUUCGCUCCUCUGUGUACCUUGCUUUUGAUUCCUUAACGCUCAAGUUUCUUUUAUUUUUAUGUUCGGCCAUAUAGUCUCACUUGUUUAGUUUGUCCUUUUGUAUCUGUUUCUUUAACAGACAAGCUAGUUUACAUUGUAACUUUGGUAAACAUUUUUUUGUGCACUUUUUAAAAUUCCAUUUGUUUCCUCCGUGAUGAACAAUGCAACUAGCUGUCUGCCACGUCUCAAACUACUGUCCUC